ACUGAGCAGCCGAUGUUUGCUGAGCCAAUACCAAAUGUAACCGUACCUCUCGGAAGGGACGUCAGUCUACCGUGUGUGAUCGAGAACUUAGGAACACAUAAGGUUGCUUGGAUCCACGUAGAUCGGCAAAUGCUUGUAACGAUUCAUAAACAUGUGGUUGCCAAAAUACCGAGGUUCAGUGUCACCAACGACAACCACAAAACGUGGCAACUGAACAUUCGUAGUGUUGAACAACAAGACAGAGGGUACUACAUGUGCCAAGUCAAUACGGUUCCGAUGAUUAGCCAAGUUGGAUAUCUACAAGUUGUAGUUCCACCCAAUAUAUUGGAUUCGCAUUCAACCCAAAGUACAGUGGCCGUCCGAGAGCAUCAAAACGUCACUCUCACUUGUAAAGCUGACGGAUUUCCCACCCCAAAAUUAAUGUGGCGACGAGAAGAUACAGAUGGUAUUCUCGUCGAUCGACGGAUGAAAGUGGCAGUGUACGAUGGCGAACAGCUGAACUUCACUAAAAUUACACGAGCCGAAAUGGGAGCUUACCUCUGCAUCGCUACCAAUGGGGUUCCUCCAACAGUCAGUAAAAGGAUCAUAGUCGAUGUUGAAUUCUCGCCGAUGAUAUGGGUGCCAAAUCAACUGGUGGGUGCACCGGCUGGAACGAAUGUGACGAUCGACUGUAACACAGAGGCAUACCCAAGAGCAAUCAGCUAUUGGAUUUACAACAAUACCAUGGUGCUCUCUAACGAAAAAUAUACGACAGAUAUCGAGGAAAACAGUUACAGGACUGCUAUGAAACUCACCAUACGAAAUCUGCUGAAUGGAGACUUUGGAAACUAUCGAUGCAUCAGCAAAAACUCCCUCGGCGAGACCGAAGGCUCCAUUAGACUCUACGAAAUACCGAAGCCUUCGGCACCUCCAAAGGCGACGGAAAUCAAAAGCAGCGCCAACAAAGAAGGUGAGGUUCCUUUUUCCUCUUAG